GCCAUUCAUACAAGUCGAUUUCGUUGGUUCUGUGUGUUGAGCCUAGCAAAGGAACAUGGUGAUAGUGAUAUGAAACAAGUCUAUUAGCAAUACCACGCUCUACACACAUAUACUUUUCCGAAGUAACGAUGAUAUUUGGUCACGAUCUCCCUACGUAAAACUUAAACAAGUGUUAUUCGAAUGAUCAGCUAAAAGAUGCUGGUCAAAUAAUACUUAAGGAAGCAAAUUAAUCAAGCUGACACAGCAAAAAUUCAUUAAAUACUAUGGGGACACUUUUGGACACUCCAAAAACGGAUAAAUAUAAUGAACAUGGCUCUGGCAAUGGACUAUGCUAUGGUGUUGCUAGCAUGCAAGGUUGGAGAAUGGAAAUGGAGGAUGCUCAUAGAGCGAUAACUGGCUUAAAGGGUGGUCUCUCGGAUUGGAGUUACUUUGCAGUAUUUGAUGGUCAUGCAGGUGCAUUAGUAUCAGCACAUAGCGCGGAACACUUACUAGAGUGUAUAAUGCAAACAGAAGAAUUUAAAGCAGACGAUGUUAUCACGGGAAUUCAUUCUGGUUUCCUUCGACUUGACGAUGAAAUGAGAGACUUACCAGAGAUGAGUUCCGGCACAGAAAAGUCUGGUUCUACAGCCGUUUGUGCAUUUGUAUCUCCCAGAAAUAUAUAUAUUGCCAACUGCGGUGACUCUCGAGCUGUACUUUGUCGGGCAGGAAGUCCAGUUUUCUCUACAAGAGACCAUAAGCCAGUUUUACCCGCCGAAAGAGAAAGAAUUCAAAAUGCUGGCGGUAGUGUAAUGAUUCAGAGAGUUAACGGAGCCUUAGCUGUUUCUCGUGCACUGGGAGACUAUGAGUACAAAACAUUAAAAGAUCGAGGUCCCUGUGAACAGUUAGUGUCUCCGGAACCAGAAAUAUUUGUGCGAGAUAGAGACGAUGAACACGAUGAGUUUCUAGUUUUAGCAUGUGAUGGUAUUUGGGAUGUAAUGAACAACGAAGAUCUAUGUAAUUUUAUACAUUCAAGGCUGCUGCUUACAGACGACCUAGAAGCAGUUACGAACCAGGUUAUAGACACCUGCCUUUACAAGGGUAGCAGAGAUAACAUGAGUAUAGUUUUGGUAACGUUUCCUGCUGCUCCAAAGCCAAGCCCUGAAGCACAGGAAAAGGAAGCUGAACUGGAAAUGGCCAUUGAAAGGAGAAUUAAAGAAAUAGUAGUUGAUGCACAAGAGCAUACAAAUGAAUUCGACUUUUUGAAGCUACUACAACUUCUUGGGGACCAACACUUUCCUAAUUUGCCCCCUGGUGGUGGUCUUCCGGCUAAACAACCUUUCAUUGAACAAGUGUUUCGAGAAGUUUGUCCCAGCCGAGCGGAUAGUAAGUCACAAACCAGUUAGUGUACACAAUAUGUAUACAAUUUGAUACAUGUGGUAUACAAUAAACUGGCCGAUCCAAAAGUCAUGAAACUGAGAUACCAACCAACAAGAACUUCAGAGGAGUGCUACAUGAACAGAGACUAUAUGGAAUGGUAAUUGAAUGAUGUUACAGGCAUAUUUAAUUUCUGGUUAAACAACCCUAAAAAUCGUAUUGCAGCGUAAUAUUAAAUUUAAUAACAAAAUUUAUUGUACAAAACAUUUUAUUUCUAAGUGAGGGUAAAA